CGACCUCUUCAACAGAAAUCUCGCAAAAAGAGAAACACAACAACAGUAAGCAAAUAACAUCAAAAAUCACAAUUGCAAAACAUGGCUCCAAAAAACUCCAAAAACAUAAACCCAACCAUUAGACCAAGAGGCUGGAUUUAUUCGUGUGGGUUGUGCAAGCUGGAUCAUCCUAUUAAGACUUGCAAAAAGUUUUUGUGUCUUGAGCCCGAUGCUCGUUUUGACGUAGUAUGUGAGUAUUUUUACUGCAUCAAUUGCCUAGCUUGCUCCCACACUAAGUCAAACUGUCCGACAACUUUAUCAUGUCAAAUUUGUGGAGGGAAACACAAUACCCUAUUGCACUACGCAACCCCAAUCAAAGCAAUGAGCACCACACGCCAAAGUCGUCAUGAACAGCGCCAACAUCCAGCCACCAGACCUUCGUCGUCAACCAGAUCAAAAUCACAAGCGCCUAUUCGUUCGACAUCAUCGGUUCGACAGACACAACGUUCGCCGCAAAAUAAACAGCCCUCAACAUCAAAGGCAGCCCAACAUCACAUGUUUGACAAAAACCGUUUCAAACUGGUUCAACAGCCUCCAAAAAACAUCCCCUUUGGUUGGUCGAAGGUGUUUGUUCCAACGGUGCAAAUAAAAAUUUCAAUACCAGAACAACCAGGCAUGUGGCACCUCUGCCGCGGCAUUGUUAAUUCCCAGGCGACAGUGUCUCGCAUAGCGGUACGUCUACAGUCGGAGCUUCGCCUCGAAACCUUUGAAUACCGCAACACCAGAUUUGCAAAGGUGCUUAUUGCAGCCCGACUAAGUCGUUUCAACUGGAAAAGAGAAAUACGGGCAAUGUUGACGAACGACCUUCCACGAAAACCCUAUGACCUCCCCAUUGAUGCCAAUCCAUCAUCAGACUUCCCAGAAGACACGCUUGCAGACCCCGAUCCUCGAUGCAACGCUACUGUGGAACUAGAAAUUGGUGCUGAUUUCUACAAAGAUAUCCAUCGUAAUGGGUCUCUUGAUACCGAAAUACCUGGAGUCAUUGCCGAACAGACAGCAUUGGGAUAUGUUUUUAUUGGAGCCAUCGGCAAAAUUUGGUAACACUCCACGGAGGGGCCGAUAUGUUCAAUAAUGAGGAAUAUUGAACCUUGAAAAUACUACUAACAUUAAUUAAAACGUGAAUUAAAUUAACAUUUAUAUUUUUACUUUAACACUGAAAUUUGUAAUGGAAUAGCCCAUAAUCAGAACUAACAAU